AUGAAACAGUUAACCGACGUGUACAAGGAUGAUUGCCUGAAAAAAACAGCUGUCUACGAGUGGGCUAAGCGAGAGGGAGCUCCCUCCACCUCUCGAACGGCACAAAACGUCGGUCGCCUGCGCGUGCGUGUGCUCGGAGACCGUCGGGUAAGCCUCAGAAUGUUGGAAGACGAGUUGGGUAUCAACAAGGAAACCAUUCGACAGAUGCUACACGAGGAUUUAGGGAUGCGCAAGUUGUGCGCGAAAAUGGUUCCCAAAGUGCUCACAGUUGAGCAGAAAGAGCUUCGUUUAUCCAUCUGUGAAGACAUGAUUUCUCGAAUUGAGGAGGAAGGAGAAGACUGGAUGUCAAAUGUUAUUACCAGAGACGAGUCUUGGGUGUUCCAGUAUGACCCUGAGACCAAACGACAGAGCAUGCAGUGGGUGGAAAAGGGGGGGAAGCGUCCCACAAAAGCCAGAAUGUCGAAAUCAAAAGUGAAAUCUUUGCUCAUCGCAUUCGGCAUUCCAACGCUUCCGCACCCCCCCUACAGCCCGGACCUGGCCCCCUGCGACUUUCAUCUCUUUCCACAAUUGAAGUCCUACCUCAAGGGCAACCGAUACGAUGGCGUCGAGGAGGUGCAACGUGUCACGACACGGGUGCUGAGGGACCUAUCUUCAGGGGGCUUCAGGGGGUGCUUCCAAUGGUGGAUCCAACGGUGGCGCCGGUGCAUCGAGCUAGAGGGAGACUACUGCGAAGGAUUAUAA